AUGACCGUCACCCCAUCCACAACUCCCGUCGACACGAUGGCCAUGACCGACAUCAAGCUCGAUUCGUCCGCUGCCCCCAGCAACCCGACCGCAGCCUCUCCCAGCACCGCCGGAAGCAUCGUCUCGCAACAACCCUCCGCGACGGUCUCCCCGCGAACGGCCGAACAGGAAGAUACGAUGCGUCUCCAAGGUGGCGGGGAAUGCUGUCGAUUGAUCUUUUGUUGCCCCUGCAUUGAAGUGAGUUGGCUUUCCUGAUUUGUCUCUUAAAGUCGCCACUCGUGAUGAGGUCGUGAUGGCGCCACGGCCGCGGAGCAAAGCGGGGUCAAACCCACCACCACCUAUCGAGGAUCCGAAACUGAUCUGUUUCUGUGGAUUCGUGUCCUUCGCAGUGCUUGAUCUGCAUCGUCACCUUGGGAUGCGUUCGACCUCACAUCGACUGCGGGUGCUAA